GAGUCUAUGCUAACUUGAAUGACUACUCUGUUCUUGAUCCCGCCUCACCCUGACCUUAUGAAUCUAUGCAUGCCGCCUGGGAUUAGCUCAGUAAUGGCUGAUUCAUCACACCUUUUGUCUCCUUGACCACCGUAUGAGGCUUUUCCUAAACUUUGUCUCAGCUUUUGUGACCUGUAACUCUGCUUGCCUUUUUACUUGUCACCCCACAUCUGUUUGGCCACAUAGUCUCUUUUUUCUGCCUAAUUCAGUUUUGUCUAAACUCUCUGGUCUGUUUUCUUACUGCUUCUGGCGACUAAGAUCUACUAACUCAGGUUUGGCAUUUCCACUGAUCCUUUUACCUUCCCCUGCUUUGAUUGCUGUUGCUCCCCAUUUUUACCCUAAAGCCAUUUAAUGCUAUGAUACGCUUAUCCCACUCUCACCUCACCCGGCUUGCUUGCUGUCUGCUUGAUGUGUUCGUCUCGCAUUGCCUCACAUGGCUUUUCUGUUUCCUUACCUCGCUUAUUACAUUGAGGCUUAAAAACCUGGUCUAUAGCAGAUUUUCUCA